GGCGGCCCUGCCGCUCAUUGGCGGAGGCGCAGCUGGUCAUCGGUGGCGUCACGGGCAGCCCGGGGCCCGCCGCUGCUGCCGGCCCGCGCCCCGAGUUUGCGGAGCAGCGGCGGGCGGAGGGGCAUGGCGGCGGGCGGAGCUCGGGGCGCAGGUCCCGGCCCAGCGAGAGAGGGCGCAGUCAUGGUGCCGCAUCCCAUCCAGGAGCCCGUGCGUGGCUGAAGCCCAGCUCCGCCGCAGAACCGCAGCGGAAGGCGAUCCCUCACGGUGACUGCCCCCGGGGCAGCCUCCCCGCGGCACCUCGACAUGGAGGCGGGUGGCCUGGAGUGGCUGCUGGUCCCAAUGCACCAGCUGGUGUCGUGGGGCGCCGCGGGGGCCAUGGUGUUCGGCGGCGUGGUGCCCUACAUCCCCCAGUACAGGGACAUCCGGCGGACACAGAACGCAGAGGGCUUCUCCACCUACGUCUGCCUGGUGUUACUGGUCGCAAACAUUUUGAGGAUACUUUUUUGGUUUGGAAGGCGUUUUGAAUCCCCUCUUUUGUGGCAAAGCAUUAUCAUGAUCAUUACUAUGUUACUGAUGCUGAAACUGUGCACUGAAGUACGUGUGUCCAACGAGCUAAACAUAAAACGCCGCUCUUUUGCAGCUGCAGAUAGUAAGGAUGAAGAAAUCAAAGCACCUCCAAAGAGAUCCUAUCUGGGAACUGAGCUGCUGCUGUGCUCCCUGGGAUUGCUUUUAGAUUUUGACUUGAACUAUUUUUGGCAUUGGAGCAAGUUUACAGACUACGUGCAGUGUGUCCUGACCUUCACUUGUGUGACCGGUUACAUCACUUACCUCUGGCUUGACUCAUCUCUCUUUGUGGAAACGCUGGGCUUCCUUGCAGUGUUCACCGAGGCUAUGUUAGGCAUUCCCCAGCUCUACCGUAACUACCAGAAUAGGUCUACAGAAGGAAUGAGUGUCAAGAUGGUGCUGAUGUGGACCAGUGGGGACACGUUCAAGACUGUUUACUUCAUCUUGAAUCAGGCCCCUUUCCAGUUCUCCAUCUGCGGACUCCUGCAGGUUUUUGUGGACAUCGCUAUCCUAUUGCAGGUUUACUUGUACAGCUACUACCCUCAGAAGCCUGUGUCCCACACCGUGCACCCAGCCAGCACCAAGGCCCUCUGAGGCACUUAGCUGGACAGGUUGCAGGUCAACGGGGCUGCGAAGUCAGCCAUGGCAGCUCCUCUUCCGCUUGUAAAUACUCCUGUGUUGCCGAGUUGAAAGCAGAAAUGAGAACAAGGAUUGAAAAUCUGGCUGCUCUUCCAGCUCGGGAGGUUUUAUUUUAAAUAACUUGCUCUCUCUGUUUUCAGACUUAGCUGUACAGAACUGUUUUUGGUGGGGGGAGGGGCACUUUAUUUUUGCAUAUGUACCUAUGAGCCUUAUCAAUUCACAAAUGUUUGUAUAUUUAAUCACAAGGGCUGGAUGGUUUGUGUUUUUAAUGCUAUUUAAAAAUGUUACACCACAGAAAUUAUAGGAUAUUUUGUCUGGAACUUUUACCUAUUUAUAUAAUAUAAAGUCUGUAUAUUGGCAGGAAGUUUGUGGCAUAUGCUAGCAUUCAGUAUCUCCACGAUUUAGGAAGAAGUAUUGAAGAGCAAAUGCAGGAGCUUUGUCUUUUCCUUAAGCAGGUUUUCUGGUGAGCAGAGAAGGUGAGGGCAGGAGGCCCUGCAAAGAGGUGAGCAGCCAGAAACGAACUGGUCAUACACGGUGUAAAGCAUCAAUGUACUAAAGAGUGAAUGGCAGGUGUUCACCCCUGUUGCGGGAUCAGUGUGGCGGGCGGACACAUCAAGAAGAUGAUGAAGGGGUCCUGUGUACGGACAAUGCUGGAGCCAUGUUUAGAGGAGGCACAGCCAGUCAAGCAGGCAGCCAAAAGGAGGAGCUAACAGGAGACUGCAGGUAACCGGUAGUUGUGCUUUGAAACAACUGAGUUUUAGAAUAGCCCGCCCUGCGCUCAGGGGGCAGCACUGCUCCUACACCUGUGCACAGGACAGAGCUGGGCUGUGGGACACCUUUCACAAACAAAGGGGCCAGCAGAUCUGUGUUGCCAGUACUGCCAGGCAAGUAUUUCUAGAUGGCCAUUGAGCCACAAAGGUAGAAGCAGCUCCACUUCCAUCACCUCAAAAAGGGAAGUGAAAAAGUUUGAGACAGAGAAAAAGCCAUAUCCUAUGGAGUAGGACUAGCAUCUGACAGCUUGAUUUGUUGAGGCGGAGAUUCAUGUUCAUGUUGUUUAAUGCCAAACAAGAACCAGUUUAUAUUUUGGGGUGCUUUGUGCAUUGACCCAACAGGGAAGGAGUCCAUGUUUUCCUUUUUCUGUUGCUUUAGAUCUUCUAGGCUCUUAGAAGGACCAGCAGCUUGUACUUAGACAGAGGGACUGAGAAAGCUGAAAGAGCAGAGAGUUUAUUUAUAAAUGUAGAUGUUGUCUGUAAUGGCUGUUUGCCAGCGUAGGUCACCGUGCCCUUUCUGAGAACUGCACAUGUCUAGCAGCUGCAGGUGGCGUGGACCCACAGAGGGCUGUGACCAAGCCCCUGGGCUCCUGCCAGUUGCUGUCGUGAAACCGCCCUGGUUGGUAUGAGACAACCAUAGCAAGACGCUUAGUCCCAGGAAAAGCUAUGCCUGCGCUGCUUUCUUCUUCAUGAGGCUCCCUCCCUGCUGCCGGGUGAAUCCCGUCUGACCACAGGCAAGGUGUUAGAGCUGGGACAGAUUUGUGAGAAUCAUUUUUUCUCCACGAUUAGCCUGAGAGCUUAUGUUUUCUUACCGAUUGCAGCAAGUCUGAGGUUUAAUAACUUCCAUGUGUAAAUCAGAUACUUCCCCUACUUUGUUCUAUGUGGUAACCUCAUGAUUUGAGUCUGGACUGUCUUCAUUGGUGGCAAACUGUCCUCUGGAGGGGGAGCAUCAGCUGGCUGCAGCAGUGGUUGCAUGAUGCUUGGUUGGGAAUGUCUGUCAUAAGACAGGGAAGAGUGGUCUGUCCCUGUCUGCUUUACAGACUCGUGCCCCUCUCACCCCCUCACCCUCCAGGUGGCCCAGGCUGACACUGGGGCUCCCACUGCACAUGCGUUUGGUUUUGGAGAUGACAUGGUGGUGGUGGAGGGCUGAGGCCCAAACUUGCGGAUAGAAGUCCUGCCCUGGGGCUAAGCCGUCCUGCCCUUCAGAGGGGGCACUGCUGGAGGCGGAAGAAAGGGCGUCCUCAGGAAGCCCCUGCUGCCCUGGCAGAUCCAGUCGGAUCUGCAUGAGUAAAGCAGAGCCGAGGAGAGCUGCUGUUUCCGAGGGCUGGGCAGAGAAUGCUCUGCUCAGGCACUGACUCCAUGCUCUUUGUUUGAUACCAUCCUCUUUCAGGCCUGAAGUGACCUUACAAAGACGAUGUACCCAGCAUGGCAGACUAUGAAUGUUUUGUUCUUCUCUUUUCUCCAAUAUUCUGGUUGUGUUACAGGAACAUCUGGGCUUUUGUCUUUUUCAGUUGAAAACUUACUUAACAACUGGCUUCUCUGGUAUGCUGCUUUAAUGAGGAUUGUAUUUCUACUGUAUGCAAACAAACACUUUCUUGUGUGUUUUAAUGGUCUGAAGUUUUUUUUUAAAUACCUUGUAAUGAUAAGAUUUUUGUAUAUGGUGGUCUUUUUCUAAUAUUCUAUGAAACGGGGAUAUAAGAAAGAAAUAGCUCUUAAGAAAUAUACUUCUGUAUGCUAUUGCUUCACCUGGGAGGGCAUGCUUUUGGCCACCUCUUUGGCUUUGAACUACAGGUAUUACUGAGGAUAAAACAACUGUUGUUUUUUCCUUUUGGGACUCUUCCCUGAGCAGAUUUUGAGUCUGUCAUCAGUAUCCAAACCAGUGAGCUCUGCAGACCAGUCUCAUUCACACCAGAGCUGCAAAUGCUGGGAGAGAAGCCAGUGAAACCAUGUCUAAAGUUAUUUUCUGUAUGUGGCAUUUAGCAAGGUAAGACUCUUGGCCAGGAACUCUUGAACUUCAUCUUGCAAGAUGCUUUAGGGACAAAAUGUUACAGAACUUUGUUUUUGUUCUUUAAUUGUCAGGAAUUAUCUGUAUCAAUGAUCACCUCAGAGAAUAAGAAAUCAAUUACUUUAAAUACAUCUCUUUGAAUGUAUGGCACAUUUCAUGGAGUUUAUUUUCUCUGUCAGUUGCAAUGUUUUUUUUAAAUAAAAAUUGCCUAUUAUAUAUAAAUUGCAGUGUUGCUUUGUUUUGUUCAGAUGCAAGAUGCAUGCUUCUUAACUCUUAUUAUAACUUAUCUUGUCUAGAGGAUUGUCUGUAGGAAUAAUUCGCAUGCUUUUUCCUCCUGAUGGCUGGGUGAGCACAAGGCAUAAAUUGUCCUGAGGUCAGCGUGCACGGCAGGGAUUCUGGAUUUCUGUCCCCUGCUUUUCUAUACAUCCUGGGGUAAACUUACCCUCAUGACCACUUAACUCUUUUAUGCUUGUGAUGCUCACAGUAAAAACACAUUACUAGCAGACUAUUAUGUAGCUUUAAAAAAAACCCACCUGUAUUGUGCAAACUGCACAAUGAGGUCAAAGACAGGCACAGCUGAGGGACAUGCUCUUUGCAGCCUCUGCACGGAAGAUGAGGAAACAGAGUGUGUCAUCUCAUGGCCAACCGCUGUGCCAAGAGGAGUCUUGACCUCCCUCCGUGUUGGUUCAGGACGUGAAGACAAGCCAACACAGUCAGGACCAGCCUUGUGGCCGAUGUGUGGCUCCUGGGCCUUGCCGGGCUGCUCUGGCAUGGGGAGAUGGUUUGCUGUUGCUGCCUGCCGU